AUGGCGAGCUCCGACCCAGCGCUGUCCGAUCCCCUACUUGCCCUCAAACGAGCGCUGAGCUCACCGUCCAGUGGCCCUGUGCUGACGAGCUCGCCGGAUCUCUCGACGGAGCACGCAACCGACGACAUCUCCAAGGCGACACACCUGUACCUGACCCAGCCAGUAGCCCAGAGCAUACCUCUCUCUACACCGACGCGGUUUGUCUCAGCGGCUGCAAACACGGCAAUUGACCUACGAAGCAUCUACUUUGCCUGGCUGAAGAAGGACGUGGCUAUACCGGAGUACAUUGCGUCAGCGCAGGAAGUGAACGAUGCGCUGCGCUCUGCGGGAAAAGUGCUGAACCUGGUGUUUGUUGAGAAAGUCGAUUUGAUCAGUUGGCUGGAGGGAGCUUCCGAUGAGAGCGAGUAUAUCAAACCUCUUGAGGGGAAAGCUACGGGAGAAACUGCGGGUGAGAUUGGCGGUGCAGCUGCUCCUGUAGGUGCUGGUACUGGUGCCGGUGCUGCGGCUACAGCUGCGAAGGAGGCAGAUGUGGCUGCAGGGAGCGUGCCGGCCAAGGGAGCUGGAGCCGUUGGAGCAGGACCCGCUGGAGCCGGAGCUGCAACCAGCCGAGCAGGCAAGACGGUCGAUGCUCGGUUACAAGCUAUAUAUAACGGCGAGCGCAAGCUGGGAGACAGAAACACGGUGCUACGAGGCAUCAAGCCGACUGACUUCUCACAUAUCCGCAAGACAGCCGAGAUCUUCCUAGGCCGCAACAGAUCUCGAGUAGCAGGCGGCACGACAUCCAAAGGCGGUAAACCAACACCCACUCCGGGGCCAGGCAGCAUCCCCAAAAAACCACUCGACCCAACCGCCGCGUCCUCAGGCACAUCAACUUCCUCAUCUUCCUCCUCUCGCCGACCCAACCCCAUCAUCCUGGUAUCUCCAUCUGCCUCCUCGCUACUACGCAUGUCCAACAUCAAGACCUUCCUGACAGAAGGCAUCUACAUCCCACCGGACCACCCAUCCUUGUCGAAAUCCACCAACUCCAACCUCCUACACCUCUCGCGAACACUACAGACCAUCCCGGACACAUCUCGCUCUGCCACCGCGUCCCGCAGCUCGGACUUCAAGCCCGACUACUGGAACAGGGUUGUAGCUGUGUUCACGACCGGUCAGACGUGGCAGUUUAAGUCAUAUAAGUGGUCGACGCCGCAGGAGCUGUUUAAGCACGCGACUGGCAUCCACGUUGGAUGGAGAGGGGAGGAGGCGCCGCGUGAGGUGAAAGGGUGGGGGAGAGGAGUGCGUAGUUUUGCGAUUGAUCGGUGGGACGAGAAGAGCGCGAAUGUCGCUGGUGGAGGAGCGAGAUGGAGAGAUCGAGGCGUGGUUGAGGGUAUCUGGUCUGCCAUUGAAGAAGGCAUGAAGGCUCGGGGAUGGGGAGUAGCCAAAUAA